ACAUUUAGUCCAAAUUAACUACUUGAAAAAUGGGUAAAUCUCACGGUUAUAGAUCUCGUACUCGUUACGCAUUCCAACGUGAUUUCAAGAAGCAUGGUGUUAUUCCAUUAUCCACCUACUUGAAGACUUACAAGGUUGGUGACAUUGUUGACAUCAAGGUUAACGGUGCCGUCCAAAAGGGUAUGCCACACAAAUUCUACCACGGUAAGACCGGUAUCAUCUAUAAUGUGACCAAGUCUUCUGUCGGUAUUAUCAUCAACAAAGUCGUUGGACACAGAUACAUUGAAAAGAGAGUUAACAUCAGAGUCGAGCACAUCAAGCACUCCGCUUGUCGUCAAGAAUUUUUGAACAGAGUUAAGACCAACGCUGCUUUGAAAAGAGAAGCCAAGGCUAACGGUGAACAAGUGUCUUUGAAGAGACAACCUGCCAAGCCAAGAGACGCUAGAAUUGUUUCCACCGAAGGUAACGUUCCUCAAACUUUGGCUCCAGUUCCUUAUGAAACUUUUAUUUAAACUUCAUGUAUAUUUAGUUUACCAAUACUAAUAUCGAUAACGGAGACACGUAGAAGCUGCCAGUGUUAUGAGAAUGGAAUGGUCCAACAUAAUUUUAUACAUCUGGUACCAUAAUCAUUAAUUUACUUACUGCCACAACACAAUCAUUAAUUUACUUACUGCCACAACACAAUCAUUAAUUUACUUACUGCCACAACACAAUCAAUAAUUUACUUACUGCCACAACACAGUCAUUUAUUUACUUACUGCCACAACACAAUCAUUAGUUUACUUGACACAUCACAUAUUUUAGACUGGGGUUUAUUCCUUAGUAGUUGAACUUCUAUCUUGACAAGAUCUAGAGAUAUCAAGACAUGCCUUUACGAGUACCUACUAUGGGUACUCCCUCCUUCGGUUAUCUACACUUUUCGCAACACAUAUUCUAAACAACGGCAUAUGACAACUGGCCUCGCCAGACACACCGUCAGAACCUACUCCUACAAUUGUAUAACCUUAUGCUAGGGGAUCAGAAGUUCUCUCGGUGUCCGUUUAUAGUAACAAGAAUGUUGCGCCAGACACUGUCACCACUUCAACCCAGAGCUCCGUAAGAAGCCCAUAAAGGAACCCUUGCCAAAGACAAGAACUCGACUUCGGGAAUAGUCAUGAAGCACGCGAGAUAUCAUCAUAUUUGUAAAACAUGGAAGGUCAUAUA